CAGCUCUACUUUAAUUAUCAAGUAGUCCUAACGUUUAGACUACAGAUGCUUCGCCAUUAAGGAUCUCGAUAUGAUCAAUACUGUCGCUCACCAGUUGUCGAAUACGAUCGUACCUUCAGCGAUAGUUUUCACAAUAGUAUUGGAGUAGUGUUAUGAUCGUGGACGUGGUGUCCCCAUCUUAUGGUCCGAUAGGACCUUUAAACUAUAGCUAGCAUCCUCAUCGCACAAGAGAUGUGUUCGCGUUUGAAACCUCUAGCGCCUUUGCAUACUAUUUCCUGCUUUCGACAGUCCCGCGAGAGUCCAGAAAUUUUCGAGUAUGAACCUACUGGAGCUCGACGUGUUUUCCCGAGGUGUAUGCCGGACGACCCUGGGUGGGAGCCAGACCGUCGCGGCUGUAGCUUUUGCAAGUCCACAAAACUGCUCGUCAGCAUGGCUGAGACUUAUCAUUUCUGGUGCGCUCCUUGAGUAAUCAUCUUUGGUAUCCCAAAGGUCCUCGUGGUGCGUCCGUGAUUUUAUGCGACAGUUAACGCAUUCACAGAGUGCAGUAGAUCUCGCUGCAUAACCA